CCGACGUACUGUAGAAUCAGUAUUAUGGAUAAUACAACAGAAAAUGCAGAAGAUUUGGAUGAUGAAUGUCCAACAAAACAAGCUAAAAAUAUGUCUUUUCAGACUGCUUUUAGCAACUUGAAGAAAUCUGAGUUUUUCACAGAUUUGCCAGCUUCUAAGCCUGAAACUUCCACGGCAAUAUCUUCAAGUAGAACCAGCACUGUCCUUGUCAGUCCAAAGCAAAAAGGCAAUCCGUUACUAAAGUUUAUAACAAAUGUAUUAUGGGAAUAUUCCAACAUUGUGCCAGAUUACGUAAUGGGAAAAACUACAUGUGCUCUUUUCUUAUCAAUUCGUUAUCACCAAUUAAAUCCUGAUUAUAUUCAUGAAAGACUUAAGUUAUUGGGCAAUGCAUAUAACUUACGAGUGCUUUUAGUACAGAUCGAUGUCCCCGAGCCUCAUCACGCUUUGAAACAUUUAACAAGAAUUUCCAUUUUGGCAGACUUGACAAUAAUGUUAGCAUGGAAUGCAGAGGAUGCAGGAAAAAUUAUUGAAACUUAUAAAAUGUAUGAAAGCAAACCCCCUGAUAAUAUCAUGGAACGCAGCGAAACAGCGCCUUAUCAAAAAUUGGUUAAUGCCUUAACGACAGUAAGAUCUGUCAACAAAACCGAUGCAACAACUCUUCUAACAACUUUCGGCACAUUAGCCAGUAUUGUAAGAGCACAACCCAACACUUUAACCUUAUGCCCUGGAUUUGGUCUACAUAAAGCUCAAAAACUUCAUAAGGUUUUGCACGAAUCUUUUCUAUGCACACCAAAACUCUCUACAAAAGAAUAAAAUUUUCCAGUAUAUGUA